GUUGCAUCAUUUCCUGCUGGGAACCAGUAACAGCUGCUGGCUGCAGGCGGAGGGUUUGGUCCAUCAUUUCCUGGCACUACAGAAAAAUCCCCCGCACGUGAGGGAGGCGCCACCUCCUCCUUAACUUGGUCAUUGAGCCGCGACCUGUUCCUGUUCAGCCACAUCUUAUCCCAUUCAUUCAUCCUGCUGCGUUCACUUCCCCUCGAAAUUAACAGUUCAGAGGUUAUUAUGUGUUCAACCACACGCACAGACCAGGCCAGCACACCUGUACGAUAAUAAGACUCAGUGAAAACCAGCAGCCAGACAGCCAGCCAGCCAGCCAGUCAGCCAGACAGUGUGUCGGUAGUUUCCAGCUUAGAAACAGUCAGUCUCUCAAACACGGUGCUGAAAAGUGAAACUAACACACUGCACGUGAACGCAGCGCAGCCCCCGCAACCAUUACCCGCAACGGGUCAGUUUAAAAGAAAGAGAAACUGAAAGCAGCAUGUCGUUGCAUCAUCACCAAACUCCUGCAGAAAAGCACUCAGACACUCCGAGCGGCACAGCGUUAGACUCACAAGUCACCAAGCAGCCGUCAGACAUCAGUUUGCAUCCAGGGCACCCAGCGUUGUCCGGUUUAUUCUGACUUUUCUUCUGAUCCAGAGUCAGUCACAGUCAGUCCGGGCUGCAGAGGCGCGCAGGUCCUGCGCAGCUCCACAGCGUGAAUGAACCCGGCCACUACUGCAGGGACGCUGCGCGGGUGAUCCGGGCGGGCUGAAGGUUCGUCAGCCAGCCAGCCGAGUCCUCUCCGGGCUGGAGGAGAUGUCCCCCUUAUUCAUGGAGACCGGGUCCGAACCCAACAGCCCCAGCUCGCUGUCAGCCGAGGACACCCGCAGCAACACCGCCGGAUCGGGGAGAGAAGGAGACGGGCAGCCGGCGGGACGCAGAGGGAUGAAGAGGCAGGAGAAGAACAGAGACGCCGCGAGGAAGAGCCGCAAGAAGCAGACGGAGAGAGCCGACGAGCUGCACGAGGAGCUCCAGAGACUGGAACAAUCCAAUUCAGCGCUCCAAAAGGAGAUCACCUCGCUGAGGAAAGACUUCCAGCUCUACACAAUGGCCCUGGAGCGCCACAAGCCCUUCUGCUCCCUCAGAGACUCAGCAGCUCACCUCUUGGUUUCCCCCUCGACCAACUCUCAGCCCGGCCCCAGCCCUCCUCGAGUGUCUCCUCAGGCCUCCACUCCAGCUGUGGCUCCAUCACUCUCUACCUCCUUGACCUCCACCCUCGACCUUGAAGCCCUUAAAUCUCUGGAAAGCCCUUAUCGCUCCUCCUCAGCUCCUACAACAUCAGCCUCAUCGACCGCCUCGUCUUCUGAGCUCUUCACCCGCUCCGGCUCUGUGACUGCACCUUAUUCUGUCUCCUUCUCUGCAGUCUCUGCUCCUCACUCUCUGUUCAUCAAUGAUCCUCCUUCUCCAAUCAGAUCGAGGCCGACUAACGUUAAGCCUGUCUGCACCAGCCUCUUUUCAAACCCCUCAGCCUCCAGCGCUCUCUCCACAGCAGCCCGGCCUCAGUCGAGGCAGGGAGCCGUCUACCAUGGCUCUUCACUGUCAGAGGCUUGUUCCUCCACAUAUGAUCCUGGUGCAGCCUCUUUUCAAACGGCUUCAUUUAAAGGAGCGUCGCCUUACUCCAGUGCAGAACCAGAGAACACAGGCCUGGAAGUGCAGGGUUGUUCCAUGAAUGUGCCCCAACUUCAUUCAGGCGCCUUCACAGAAAGUCAGAUCAGUUCAAGUCUGCCGCCACCUCUUUUAACAUCAAUGCUUCAACAUCCUGCUCUUCAGUCGUUCUCAGGGUCAAACCUGGAGCUGACUGUUUCCUCAAAGCCAACAGACAGUCGACACGCUGCUUCCAAUCCUGCGUCCUUGCUGUCUCUGCUCACCGUCCCGAGUCCUCUCCCUGCGUCUCAGUCUACCUCCAGCAGCUUGGAUGCACCUCUCUCUCAGCCCCCGCUCUCGCUGCCAGCGCUGGGGGAUCCGCUGGGAGAUCUCUCCCUGUCUGAGCUGCUAGAGGUCAAUGAUUGGAUACUACAAUAACCAGUAGCACUACAUGCUGCACAGCAAAAGAACUCCACAUUCCUGAUGCCAAAAUGGACAUUUAAUUUAUAUUUUUCUAUGUUUUGGGUCACAUGGAACCAGAUCACAACAUGAAGACCUUUGACCACUGAGAUCUCCUGCAAGACCUCCGGGUCAGCUUCAGCUUCCUGCUCCUUACAGAGCUCCUGUAGUAUUCAGUGAAGCGGUGCUGGUCCAUACAGAGCACCUCACUGAGGAGUCCAGUGUUCCUGAUCCUGUCCUGCAGCUGCUCAGAUCCACAACUCAGAACCCAGAACCCAGAAAUACAACUACAGUGAGUGAGAGACGUUUCCAUGAAAUGCAAACCAAUUAUGCAAUAGUUAUUUUUACAGGUGGAUCUUUCACAAUCAGAAACUGCGUUAACUUGACUCAGCACUGAAUGUAGCGUUCAGAAAAGGGAGGAGUGCUCACUUCCUCGCUGCUUCAUGGAAAUGUCAUGAGCAGAACUUUCCAUCAGAUCUGCAGCGUGGACCCGGCCCGGCUGCAUGUGUUAGUCGCUUUGAGUUAACGCUUUUCUUUCUGCUGACCUCAGAACAGAUGAUGCAACACACUCGCUCUCCUCACAUGUUCUGCUGCUGCUGAUCAUUUAUUUAUAUAUCUGCAAUAUUUGAAUCCACCUUCUGAGGUUUUUAUAAAGCUACAAUUUAUAGUUCUUCAUUCCUUAUGAUAACGUAGAUUAAUCUCUGUUCUUACUCACUUUAAAUUAUGUAAUUACAUUAAUUCUACUUCCCGUAAUUAUGCUUUUAUAUGACAGAUUGUUCACUGGCUUUGGUUGAUGCUUGAUCAGAGACAUGAGGUGUAAAUUCUCAAAGUCGUCAGAUUGACACAGAGUGUCUGCUGGUUUCUGGUGAUUUCAUUCAUUUCAGUCGGUAAAUGUUUAUCUGAUUGACUGUUGGUUUGAUUGUCGAAGUGAAUCUUCCAAAACAUGAGUUAUACUUUACAAAUAACCAGAGCAGAGCUCAUCUCUGCCCCCCACUGGAUACAUCCAGACAUGAUUACAUGAACACUUCAUGUGACGACUAAAGACAUCUUUGUUUUUACUAUCAGAUGAGCUCUGUGUCAUGCUGACAGCAGGAUGUGUGAUGAGGUUGUCAGGAAGCUUCAUUAAGGACACUGAUGGUAACGAGUCAUUAAGUGGUCCAACAACACCAGUGGAACUAAACCUCCGAUGAACUCACUUCCUGUGACCACUCUCAGGUGUAGCUGCUCACCUUUAGUUUGGGAAGUGUCACUGUGGGAAAUGGAAGUGUUAAAUGUAAAGAGGUGCAGCCGGGCUUCAGCUCCAUGACUGUAUCUGAAUGACAAUUUUGGAUUAUUAAAUGAUGAUUUAUUAUUAUUGAUUACUCUGCUUUAUAUCCAUAGAUACAUAGGAACUA